AUUGUGUGGGGUACAAUAGAGAGAGCCGGGUACGACACUGUCCUUUACUAUUCUGUACUGGGUACAAUACUGCAGUCGUUGUACCUAAGCCCAUUAGAAAACAUUAAUUGAAAGGGGGAAUUAAAAGCAAGCAAAAAACAAUGUCGGCAAAUAAGGAAGGAGACGGAGGUUGGAAGAGCUUUCUUUGGAAUUCGGAAAGGAAGGAAUUUUUAGGACGCACAGGCAGCAGUUGGUUUAAAAUCUUCCUCUUCUAUCUGAUUUUCUACGGGUGCCUGGCGGGGAUUUUCAUUGGGACCAUCCAGGCCCUGCUGUUAACCCUUAGUGACUACAAACCCACCUACCAGGACAGAGUCGCUCCACCAGGUUUAUCACACACCCCACGCUCCGAGAAGUUUGAGAUCUCUUACAACCUCAACGAUCCCCAGACCUAUGUGAAGUAUGUCAAGAGCAUCAGCACUUUCCUGGACACGUACAGCGAUGAGAGACAGGAGGAGAAGGCCAAGUUUGAAGACUGCGGAGACGUCCCUCGUACGUACACUGAGCGUGGCGACCUGGACAGUGAAAACGGGGUGAGGAUGGCCUGCAGAUUCAAGCGCUCCUGGCUCGGUGAAUGCGCUGGUCUGGCAAAUGAUGACACCUACGGGUUCAAGACUGGGGAGCCCUGCCUGAUCGCCAAGCUCAACAGGAUCGUCAACUUCAGACCGAGGCCUCCAACAAGCAAUGCCUCAAUUCCUGAAGCCGGAAUGGUCAGAGUCCAGCCCAACGUCAUUCCCAUCCAUUGCCAGAAUAAGAGAGAGGAGGACGCCAAUAAGAUUGGUGAGAUCCGCUACUUUGGCCUGGGCAAUGGGUUCCCCCUCCAGUACUACCCCUACUAUGGCAAGCUGCUGCACCCCCAGUACCUGCAACCCCUGGUGGCCAUCAAGUUUACCAACCUCACGUUCAACGAGGAGCUGCGCCUUGAGUGCAAAGUAUAUGGAGCGAACAUUGACUACAGCGAGAAAGAUCGCUACCAAGGACGCUUUGACGUUAAAUUCACAAUCAGCAAUUCAUGACCUCAGCUAUGAAAAUAGCACUUUUCUCUGCCCCCCCCCCCCCCCCCCCCCCCCCAUAAAAAAUACCAAGUUAAUUAAAAAAAAAAAGAGAAAUAAAAACACGACUAGUCUUGGAACAAACUUUCAUAACAUACGGGACCUACACUUAAUCUGUGUGCUUUACACUAGCUUUUCUGCAUAAUGUCUAGGGUUAGAAUGUAAAUUACAGGAAGAGUAGCAAUAGCAAAAAUAUUUAUUCUACUGUAAAUGAGAAUAUUCCUCGAGCCAUGGGACAUGUUCAUAUAUUACUGUAAAUUGCAAUUCCACUACUGAUAUGUAGCGAGCAGUGUUUCUGUCCCCUUAAGUAUUUCUGCCUAAUGUGGUUUCUAUAUACUUCUGGAGUGUCCAGCACAGUAGUCGCAUACUAUGGUCCUUUCCAAGCCAUGUUGUACUUCCUGUUGUCUUAUGUCAGUAAACCUAGUGGUCCAAGGUGUAGGUGUGUGUGUGUGUGUGUGUGUGUGCGCGCGAACGUAUGUGUACAUACGUGUUUGUUUGUGUGUGUGUGUGUUCUCUUACUAACUGAAAAUAUUGGCAUGGUACGCUCUGAUUGGUCUCUAGGUCCCUGUAUGAGUAAAUGACUGCACUCCGUGGAACCCUCUUCAUUCUGUCUUCUUGUGUUGAUUGUGGGAGAAUAGUUCUACAUCACUUAUGUGUGUCUUUUUGGAUCACCUUAAAAUAUGGGACAGAGGGUUUAAUGACAUUUCAGUUUGAUGCUUCUUCUUCCUACUGUCCACCUCUCCUCGUUUUGUGGCGUAGAGUUUGCUAGCUAGCUGUGUACUGUUUUCAUCAACAGGCAGAGGAGACUAGCUGCCUUUGUCCUUUACGGAAACACUGAAGGCAACUCAGUGCUUUUAAAACAAAUGUUUUUUUUGUUGUUUUUUUUUUUUUUGCUGGAGACAUCACGUGAUGUGGUGUAACUUUCUAAUGAAUGUUUUAGCCAUUUUCAUGGUGGAAGAAUUUUAUAUUUAUGCAGUUGUACAAUUUUUUUUCACAGGAAAAAGUUUAAUGUAUGAAUCCAAUACCAAAGUCACUGGUGAAAGGUUAAAAUAUCAGAAGCAAUGCAGUACCCCUUCUAGUAGGAUGUUUAGUUGGUGUAAAAGUACUUAAUGUUGAACAUCAGAACACUUUCAGGAGUCCAUCUGCCCGUGUCAUUUUAUUUAAUCUGGGUAAGACCUAAAGAAAAAUAAAUGGAGAAAUGAU